GAGGAAAGCUCGCGGGAGCCGAGGAGCUGCGGGGAGAGGGGCUCGAGGCAUUCUGGGAAAUGUAGUCUAGUUGGCCUGGCCAUCGUUUCGUGGUGGGAGCCAAGGUUCCUUCCGGGAAGGGGCUGAGCAGGCUUGGAGAGAGGUUGUGACUGUACCUUUUAACUUUGUAACAAGAGCGCAAGAACUCUUUGUCCAUGAAUGAUUUGCCUGGUUGAUUUAGACACUGAAGAUAAUCUUGUGAAUUGCUUGUAGUUUAUUGGCUCUGGUUCUUAGUGUGCAUCUCAGUAUGCUACGACGAAAACCCACGCGCCUGGAGUUAAAGCUUGAUGAUAUUGAAGAGUUUGAGAGCAUUCGAAAGGACCUAGAGACCCGUAAGAAACAGAAGGAAGAUGUGGAUGUCGUGGGAGGCAGUGAUGGAGAAGGAGCCACAGGGGUCAGCAGUGACCCCAAGAGCCGGGAACAAAUGAUGAAUGAUCGAAUUGGUUACAAACCCCAGCCCAAGCCCAACAGUCGCUCAUCUCAGUUUGGAAAUUUUGAAUUUUAGAGCUGGAUUAUCUUGCAUGCCAGAGCCCCGGAGUGGAAUAAAAUGAUGGCAGAAGUACAAACCAGAUUUAGAGAAUUGGUGCUUACAGUGAAGCAGAAUGUUUUACCUCCUGCAGAGAGAAAUAUUUCUGUAGGAGACUGCUGAUUCUUAACUUUUACUCUAAGCUAGAAUCCAAACUCUGAUUUGCCUCUGGAAAAGCUGACUAUAAAAAUCACCUGAUUCUUGUUUUUAAAAAUAAAUAUAUUUUUGGAAA